CUGUAAUGGGGAGCUUUGUGGAAGAUUGUGCACAGAGUGCGGUUAAAGUGAAAUGUGCUCGUGAAAAGGAGGAGGAGGGAGAAGGGAAUUGAAACUUUUGGUAUUCAAUUGAGAAGUUGUGUUUGAGAAUGUUUCAAUGGGAAGUGAUUUGGAAAAGUUGGAGUUCUGAUGAAGAGACAAUAAAGUGUGGUGGUGUGUGUGUGUGUGUGUGUGUACUUUUACAGGGGAGGGGUGGAGUAGAAAAUGGAAAAGCUCAGAAAAGUCUGCAUGCAUUUUUUCUUUAUAGACAUUGUCUCGGCAAUAAAAUGUGAUGAAAUUUAUUACAGCACACUUUUAGGGCAUGAUGAGGUAUCACAAGAAGAUGUAGAAAUGGUGGUCGAUGAUGCUUUCGAUCCCCUUCCACAUGAGGAGAAUCACUAUGUGACGAGUGAAGACGUUCAAAUGAAGGAGCGUGAAAUUGAAUUAAAAGACGUUGUGAAGGAAGGCCACGACAAGGCCGACCCGUCGCAAUUUGAACUUUUGAGAGUCCUUGGUGAGGGUUCUUUUGGCAAAGUAUUCCUAGUGCGGAAGAUUGUUGGCAAGGAUGCUGGGACGCUGUAUGCGAUGAAAGUGCUCAAAAAGGCAACACUUAAGGUGAAGGAUCGCGUACGGAGUACCAAUGAGAGGAAUAUUCUGGCUGACGUUGGACAUGCUUUCAUUGUCAAAUUGCACUAUGCCUUCCAAACUCCUGGAAAAUUGUAUUUAAUAUUGGAUUUUCUACGUGGUGGUGAUUUAUUUACUCGCCUGAGCAAAGAAGUGAUGUUCACGGAGGAGGAUGUUAAAUUUUACCUAGCUGAAUUGGCUUUGGCACUUAAUCAUUUGCAUAGUAUUGGCAUUAUUUAUAGAGAUCUUAAGCCGGAAAAUAUUCUCUUGGAUCAAGAUGGCCAUAUCGCCUUAACGGAUUUCGGAUUGUCAAAACAACCUCUGGAUGGAUCAAAGACGUACAGCUUUUGUGGCACAGUUGAGUACAUGGCACCAGAGGUGGUGAACAGGAAGGGGCAUCAUUUUGCUGCCGAUUGGUGGUCAUUUGGUGUUCUAAUGUAUGAAAUGCUAACGGGGAAUCUUCCAUUUCAUGGUGCUACACGACAAGAAACAAUGAAUCAGAUUCUUAAGACGAAGCUUGGCAUGCCGGACAAUUUGAGUCCCGAAGCGCAGUCAUUGCUGCGGGUACUGUUCAAGCGUAAUCCGCAGAAUCGUCUCGGUGCCGGACCAAGUGGUAUCGAGGAUAUAAAGAAGCAUGAAUUUUUUGCGACUAUCGAUUGGAAUGCGUUGGUGGCGAAGCAGGUGCGCCCACCAUUUAUACCGGCCGUUUCACGCGAUGAUGCCUUCUAUUUUGACACGGAAUACACGAGCAAGUCCCCACGCGAUUCCCCUGGGGGUCCCGUGAGUGCGAGUGCUCAUGAAAUUUUCCGGGGAUUCAGUUUUGUGGCGCCAGGGUUGCUCGAUGAUGCGGGUAUGCCGCUGUCAAAUGGAAGUGCCGGUGCUGGGGCACUACCGCCCAAGCUACCCUUUACCAAUGAGAUACCCGGCGUGAAGCCAGGUGCUUUCUGUGAUGAGUACAACUUGAUGCAGGAAUUGGGACGUGGUACAUUCUCAAUUUGUCGUCUGUGUGAGCACAAAACAACACGAAAGCAGUACGCUGCGAAGAUUAUUAGCAAAUCCGGCCAUGACUGCAGGGAGGAGGUGGAAAUCCUUCUGCGAUAUGGCAAUCAUCCAAAUAUUGUGACACUCUUUGGGGUGCACGAGGACAAUUCGUAUGUUUAUCUAGUCAUGGAGCUCCUCAAGGGUGGUGAAUUACUCGACAGAAUACUCACGAUACAGCGGAUGUCGGAAACGGAGGCGAGUGCUGUACUACGAACUGUCGUCUCAGCAGUUUCCUACCUUCAUGAACAUGGUGUCGUUCACAGGGAUUUGAAGCCAUCAAAUCUACUCUAUGCUUCCGUACAGCAAACACCUGAGUCCCUUAAAUUGUGCGAUUUGGGAUUUGCAAAGCAACUCCGUGCUGACAAUGGCCUGCUCAUGACACCCUGCUACACGGCAAAUUUUGUGGCACCCGAAGUGCUGAAACGGCAGGGAUAUGACUUGGCGUGUGAUAUUUGGUCACUCGGUGUUCUACUCUACAUUAUGCUCGAGGGGAAGACACCCUUUGCCAGUACACCCAAUGAUUCACCCGAAAUGAUUCUCAAUAGGAUUGGUUCCGGGCAAAUUGACACAGAUUCCGGGCGAUGGAAGACGGUUUCGUCUGAAGUGAAGGAAUUACUGCGGCAUAUGUUACACAUUGUGCCACAGAAGAGGCCAACAGCAGCACAAAUACUGAGGCAUCCGUGGCUGUGGCAACCCCCAUCGGACGCCAAUAGACCAUCAGCGGAUGUACAGUACAUUCAGCAUCUGCAGAAUAUGGCAAGUGGAGUUGGGGUGCAAGUUCGUGAUCAAACUGCAGCACUCAGAGGGGCUGUAAAUGCCACAUUUCGGGCAAUUGCAUCCCCACAGGCGGCCAAUGUGGGCCCCGUGGGGAUGUCGGAGCUGGCAAAGCGACGUGCCCGGGAUAAAUCUGCCAAUUCACAGGUAUAAUUGUUUGCGAAAGGGCCUCCCAUUCUCUGUUGAAUUUGAAAGAAAGAAAAAAAACUCUUCAGUUGCCAUCCGAGUAAAUAGCGAAUUGUUCAAAGAUUUUUUUUAUUAUAUUUUCAAGAAUGUUUUUAUUUUAUUUUAUAAUUGUAAUACAGUGUAAUCGUUUAUUUUAUUAUCAUGUUGAUUUCUUAUAUGUUUAGAUUUGUAUUUCUUUUUCUUCUAUAGAUUUAAUUUCUUUUUGUACAAAAAAAAAACAAACAAUCAAUUUAGGACGUUUUAGUCACUAGAUUUCUUUCAGCGCUUUGUAAUUGCUAUAUUUAAAAUAAUAAAAAAAGUAUAUAAUUACCUACAUAUUCCAUAAUUUAAUUAGUGAGCUAAUUAUCAACAUUUUAUGAUAAUGAUGAAUAAACUAAUUGCUAAAUUUGAUAGAAAUUAAAUAUUAACUUUGCGUUUAUUAGAUAUUUCUUAUUGGACAAAAAAACUGUACAUUCGUCUUUAAAAACAUUGAGAAAAAAUGGAUACUUUUAUUAAAAUAUUUUUCGCAUGAUUCACUUGCAAAAAAAAUGGUUAAAUUGAUUGUAGAAUGUGUUCUGAUGAGGGGAAAAGAGGUAAAGUAAUUUUUACAAUUUAAUUGUUAAUAUAAAAAUAAGGUGUGUAUAUGGAUGGAGGUUCUAUUUGGAUAUAAAUGAUCAAAUAAACAUACAAAAAAAAACACUCUGCUUCCACUGCUAAAAUUGUAAGAAUAAAAUUACACACAUGUUAGUAAAAAAAAACUUAUACAAUACAACUUACUUUAAAGAUGAUAAAGACAAAAAGCGUACCUUUUUUUCUAUGUCACUAACCGGGUAUGGUUGCAAAGAAAAUUAAAAAAAAAGAAAAUAAUGUGGCAAAA